ACACCAGCUGUUUCAAUUAAAGCUAAGCAAAAAAUUGAUGGGCUCUCAAAAUAUUAGCGAGAACAGUCUCUGCAACAUACGGGUACAAAUAAACAAAAUUUUUCUUAUGAUGUUGGAGAGUUAUGAUGAGGAAGACCGGGCAUGUUCUGAUUAGAGUUGAUGGCACAGCAAGUUUUGACUUGCCUUCGACUGUCUUGAGACAUUCCCCUCUUGAGCGUAAAACGUGCGCAUGCGUGCCUUUGUUGGAAGAAGAGAACGCGCUGUAUCAAGAGUGAAAUCAGCAGAACUCGUGCCAUCACUACAGUCAGUGAUCUCUACACGGGUAAUGCACUUCAGGAGCACUUAUUGCAUGGACGCACCGCUAUCAUGGCGUAGUCGUUCGUGCAUCUGUUCUCAGUGAAGCUGUGUAGACGCGCCUCAAGCAAGCACGCCGUGCUCAAGCUGUGAAUGUCUCCUGAAGCAACGUGAACUUGGUUGCAACAUCACUCGAGUACAGCGGGCUUGUUUCCUGGAUUAAAGCUCAUCAGCUGAACACAACUACUGGAAACAGAAAACUGAACAAGCAAAAUCUUAUAUACAAGGACCACUUUACUGAAAAUGAAAGAAACAAAGGAACCAGGCUAACCCCAGGCAGCAGUAGGCAUGAGACAUGACGGCACAGAGGAGCAUGUGAAGAUGUCCCAGAAGUCAGCUAAAACAUGGUGCCUUAGACUUUUCCCAGCUUUUCUCUUCUGCAUCUCCUUCCUCACAUACUACUGCUCAUACGGCUUACUUCAGAGCUAUGGAGGAGCCAAGUCUCUGAACAGUAGCAAGUCCCUGUGCGGCGGCUGGCUGACCCAAAAGAAGUGGGAGAGUCUUAACUUUAACAUCAGCAGACAGACACAGCUAUUUCUGAAACUGAAGCACUUCUUCUGGAAAGAGCAUGUGUCAAGAUUAGCACUACCAUAUGGCAUUAAAGGCAGUGAAGAACAGAUGCUCACGAAAGUUCUCGCUGCUAUAGACAGGUUCAAGGAGUCAAACGAGGUUGAAAACCUUGAAUGUCCAACCUGCGUGGUAAUAGGAAACAGCUUUUCUAUAAAAAACACUUCUCUAGGAAGUAUCAUCAACAAAUACGACAUAGUAUUUCGGUUAAAUGAUGCCCCUGUCAGAGGCUAUGAGGAGGACGUGGGCAAUAAAACCUCUAUGAGGCUAUUCUACCCAGAGUCGGCCUCCUCCAACCCCACUCUGCACAAUGAGCCUGGGACUCUCAUGGUGCUGGUGCCUUUCAAACUGCAGGACCUGCGCUGGCUUAAAGAGAUCCUCUACAAUGAGAAGAGGGUCCGGAGAGGUUUUUGGAAGCCCCCUCCUCAGAUCUGGUUGGGAGACCCAAGUAAAAUUCGAGUGCUGGAUCCACAUUUUCUGCGCCAGACAGCAGAACGGCUGCUCCAUAUUCCACUGCAUUCAAGUCGACAGAAGCCAGUGCAUCCCACCACGGGAAUCCUCGCUGUCUUCGUUGCACUUAACUACUGUGAUAAGGUCCAUAUAGCUGGGUUUGGAUAUCCACCCUCAAAUGACCAAAGGCAUCCAAUCCACUACUAUGGAAAGGACACAAUGAGGUCUAUGAAGAAUUCGUACCAUGACCUCAGUCAUGAAGCUGCAGCCUUAAAACGACUGGAGGAUGCAGGCGCCAUCUUGUAUCUUCAUCAACAUCGAUGACACUGAUACCCACGUUCAUACUUUGCACCUGUCAGACUGAUUACAUUAACUGACAUAUGUUCAAUGUCAAAUGGAAAUGCCAAAAAGGAUAAAAUGUAUUUCUGACAACACUGUGCCUUAUUUAACAGUAACAUAAUAAUGUGUAUUACAUUGUGAUCCAGAGAAUAGAUUUUUCUACCUUCUAUCUUGAUGCAAUAACAGUGACAGAUCUUUAUAAUGAGAGAUUGUUUCACGUUUCUUCUUGAAUCAAGAUGUUUGUGGAUCUCACACUAAAAGUAGUCAUGAAAAUUGAUUUUUUACAAUGCUGAAGAAACCUUUAAUGAUCUACCAUAAUUAACUUUUACCACACUCUUUAAGAUACUGGUAUGGUAUUACAAGUCCAACGUUUGUGUGUUUGUAGAUUUUUUCUGUUAAUUUAUUUUAUUCAUGUUUUGUAUUGCCUGGGAAAUGAAUGGCAGUGGAAAUUAUAUUAUUGUACUGAAUAAAUAGUUUUUUGGGACUUACACAUUUAA